GAGUCGAGGGCGCGGAUAGCGGAAGUGGCCAGGCAGCCGGAAGUAGCUGGAAUCACCGUGGGCUUGAGCGACUGACAGGGUCCUGAGGCUCGAAGAGGAGGAGGCAGCCAUGGAAUUGGGCGAGCAGCUGUACAACAAGUCCGAGUACAUCGAGACGGCAUCUGGGAACAAAGUUAGUCGCCAGUCUGUUUUGUGCGGAAGCCAGAACAUCGUUCUCAAUGGCAAGACCAUUGUAAUGAAUGACUGUAUCAUCCGCGGAGAUCUGGCAAAUGUGAGAGUUGGACGGCACUGUGUUGUAAAAAGCCGUAGUGUCAUAAGGCCACCAUUCAAGAAAUUCAGUAAAGGUGUUGCAUUCUUUCCUCUACAUAUUGGGGACCAUGUCUUUAUUGAGGAAGACUGUGUGGUCAACGCUGCUCAGAUCGGUUCUUAUGUUCACGUUGGGAAGAACUGUGUGAUUGGGCGCCGGUGUGUCUUGAAAGACUGCUGCAAAAUUCUUGACAAUACAGUAUUACCUCCAGAAACUGUGGUCCCACCAUUUACUGUCUUCUCAGGCUGCCCAGGACUCUUCUCAGGGGAGCUCCCAGAGUGCACACAGGAGCUGAUGAUUGAUGUCACCAAGAGCUACUACCAGAAGUUUCUGCCCCUAACACAAGUCUAAUCUCUGCUUUAUAUAUUGAAUUCUUUUGAACUCUACUAUGAUGAACUUGGAGAUAAAGUGAGUGGUCAGUAACUACAAAAGCUACCAUGUUUUUGAUGACUUCUACUCUCCUUGAUUUUUUUUUUAAUUUAGAAUUUUUCAAUACUCGAAGGCUCUGAGCAUUUAAGAAUUUAAUAAGAAGGCUGGAGAGAUGGCUCUGUGGUUAAGAGUACUGGCUGCUCUUCCGGAGGACCCAGGUUCAAUUCCCAGCACCCACAUGGCACCUUCAACCAUCUAUAACUCCAGUUCCUGGUGAUCUCAUGGGUCUGGCCUCCCUGGGUACCAGAUAUACAUGUGGUAUAGACAUAUAUGCAGCCAAACAUCCCUUCACAUAAAAUAAUGAACUUUUUUUAAUUUUAACAAGGGGACAUCUGGAGGGGUUGUCUUUACCUGCUGUUUUCACCUAAUCUGUCUACAGUCACCGCACCAUUGUUGGAGGAGGGCAGAAAGUCUGUUCCCAACACUCCAGCCCUGUGGUCCUGCAGGUGGCUGGAACCUGGCUGGCAUGGGCCUGCAGAGCAAUAGCACCCCCCCUGCAUGGGGUCACAUGGCCCAGGUAUGCUCACAACCAUGUCCUACCCCCACUGCACACCACCCACACAGAUGACAUUCAGCUAUCCUGCUGCUAACACAGGACCAGUGGCCACAAUUUCUCGUAUCCUGUGGAAAGUGUUAGUGAUUUCAGAGCCCGGGUUUCUAUUGGCUCUUACAGUAUGGGGGAAAGAGAUGGGCUGCAGUGACACAUACCUGUCUUCCUAGCACCUGUGAUGCAGAGGCCGGAGGAGUAAGAGCUACAUCGUGAGCUCACAUUUGUCUGGUGUGCUCCAUGAGACCCUGCUUCAAAACCACAAAAACAAAUCAGUAAAAGAAAAGGAAAAAAAUGCAAAAAGCAGGUGGUAGCUGUUGUUCUUCAUUUCAGAGAGACCUUAGCUGUCUUAAAGUGUUAAUAAAAGAUAUAAAUAUCCUG